AAGACGAAGAAGAUGCAAGGCAAGAUGAAUGUAGAGUUGCUGGUCUCGUUGGUGUCGGAACACAAAGAACUAUAUGACAAACGUGACAGUGAUUACAAAAAUCUUGAUAAAAGAGAACUGUUAUGGAGUGGUAUUGCACAGCAAAUGGGCCUUGAUGUGGAGGAGGUAAAACACAAAUGGAAAAGCCUGCGAGAUACAUAUACACGAAAAAAGCGCGAAGAUGAUUGCCGAAGUGGACAGGCUGCUGAAAACAAGAAGACGUGGAAAUUUAUGAAGGUCAUGGAGUUCCUCGCAACAUCAACUGAAUUUCGAAGUGUUCACAGCAAUAUUUCUCCUGAAAAUAUGGAUGAAGGGGUUGAGCAAGUGGUGGUUCAAAAAGAAGUCAGCGACAGAGAAGAAGCAUCAGCAAGCACGUCUCCAGGAUCAUCCUUCUCCAGCCCAACUGUGACCAGGUCUACUUUAAACAAAAGAAAACGGCCAGAGACACCAGACUUGUUGGACCGGUACCUUUUAUCCAAAGAAGCCAGGGAAAGUGAGAAAGAGCAACGAAGAGAGCAACAAAAUGAUGAAAAUUACUUGUUUGCUCUUGGCUUGAUACCAGCACUAAGGAGAUUGUCCCCAGCCGUACAGUCUUCAGUCAAAUAA